AUGACUAUAUCAACCCAGUUCAGAUGGCUGCCAGACGAAGAAGCCUGGCUUGAGAGCCGCAUCAUCGCAAAUCAUGGGAUAUCGGACACGACAGACCGCAUUUGGAUUCAGGGUCUCAUAGAAGAUUUCAAGGCUCAGUUCCCAUGUGUCCUCCGGACGCAGAAGACUGGACGGAGAGAGACGGAGAGAGAGAUGAUGAUGAGAUGGGCAGAGAUUCCGAGGAUGGUAAAAAAGUGGAUUCAGAACCACCAGCACACCAUUCUGUCUAGGCAUCAGCGGAAACAACCUCAGGCUUCGACCAUUCGCAGCCUCAAGCACGUAAAACGCUCUCGUAAGAAGAGCGCGCGGGACUUAGCUAAGGCCAAUGAUCCGGAGCUCAAAUCAAGACGAGCAGAGUUGCAAGCGCAACUGAACGCGGGCAAUAUUACACGAUCUGAGAUGGCCACAGAGAUCAACCGUAUGGCCACACAGCUGCUCCAGGACGUUGAGAAGAGGGAGUUUUAUGCCGAGCAGGCCAGUCGUCAGGCAGAUGCUGGGUCACCCCGAUUCUCGUGCGAGACAAUGCCUAUCGGCCCAGACCCGCUUCAUGGAGAACUACCUGUGUUCGCUUUGGAUGAGAUCAUAUUCUAUCGGCCUCCAUCUUCCAGCGAAGCAGACCACACAUCUAUCCACGAGGACGACACAACGAUGCAGUUCGUCGAAGAGCCUGCCUUCCAUAAUGCUCGCGACACAACAGAUGUCCCAAGUCAUGUAAUAGACCCUCUGCCACCGGACCCACAGCCCUCUCGGGUGUUGCAGGCGGCGCUCAUUCCUUCUCGCCCUCCUACGGCAUCCGAGGAUGUCCCAACUUGCCUCGACCAGAUAGUAUCGACAUCAUCUUCCGUGCUCGCCCAUGUAAACGCCUUCUCCACGAAUGACUCACAAUGGACGCCACCGCUUUCUGACGACCUCCAACGUUCACCAUGUAACCAAUCCGAGAAGGCAUAUCGCACGUAUCCCGCGAUGGAGCCACCAUUACAUCUACCACCAUCUACUGAGGCCUGUUCGCACUCUCCUUGUGUCCCCACCGACUCCUUUACUGGAUCGUGGUCAUUGCGACAAACGCUCAUUCUACUCGUACUCGGGUAUAGGCCAAACAGAGAUGUCAGAUCGGUCGCGCUUAGCUGCCACGGUGACUUCGUUGUUUGUGGCUUCCGGAACGGCAUGCUCCAAACGUUUGACACUCGAACAAAGUCAUGCAUUUCCGAGAUGUCUCCCGGGCAUUCAGACUGUGUUUCUUCCAUCGCAGUGUCUUCGGACCACAAGAAUAUCGCCUCCGGGUCGUAUGAUGGCACAAUGCGCAUAUGGGAUACAGUGUCCGGAGCAUUGUUAUUCGUGCCAUCCGAAAGCCAUAUUGACGCGGUUAACAUUGUCGCGUUCUCGCCAUGUGGGCACAAAGUCGUUUCGUGCUCUUCGACAAGCAUGACCGGCCCGAAGAUAUGGGACCUUUCAUCCGGAGCACUAUUGGCGACUAUCGACUUUCUCGAGCUGCUGACUUCCUAUCGUCUGGAGCAUGUCGCAUUCACUCUUGACGGGGGAUACCUCAUCGGCAUCACUUCCAAUGCGGAUGUCCUUCACUGGGAAGCGGAAACCGGCAUACUACAGAUGGGCGAGUCUGGAGAAUGUAGUACCGUCUGGACCGUGAACUCUGGCAGCAGGCAUACGAUCAGUAGUUGCGAGAAUGGGUCCAUCCUCGGUUGGAAUAUACCCGACUUCGCAUCCCGCAGCCCAUCACCCCUCUUGGCCAUUUCGCAAGGUCGAAAGCAUGUAGCGGAGUGGAGCCUGUGCGAUGACAUUAUUCGCGUAUACGAACGGGAUUCAAUCGUUGAAGAAGAUCACGAAGUUCUUGAGAGCAGAAGACGAUCACUCAGUCUUGAGAAUGCGGCGGUUGAUCCCAAGGCGCUGACUCCAGGCAAGGUGAUUCUGGGGCUAGCUAUUGCUUGUCAUGCACCCCCCGCAAGCAUCUUCCCUGUGAUUCCCUUCUCUUCCCCACUCACCCUCUUUGUAUCCUAA